AUUCGUUUGAGUCGUAAAUACAACAAUAUCAUAAAAACAUUCAUUCGAAAUGAUGCAGAGUAGUGAUUAUCUAUCGUUUGCAUACAAUGUUCUCCGGUGGAUCGGUGUGUUUCAAUCAAAUGACUCAACGAAAUGGACGCGCUGGGCUUUUACAUUUUACAGAUCGAUCAUUUUUAUCAUUCUGACUUUGUUAACGAUUCUGAUGAUGGUCCAGAUGUUUAUUACUACCGACCUUACUAUGUUGGCAAGGACCAUAGAUAUUUGGACCAUGUUUUUCUCGGGCUUGUAUAAAUGGCUUUACAUGACGGCGUUCAACUGGGAAUUUGCCCAUCUUAAAUUCGCACUGGCGCAAUUACAAACUCAAGGAUCGGCGGCGUACGGACGUUCGGCUGAUGUGUUUACUGCCGACUAUUUAAAACAAAUGAAAAAGAUCAGUUACUGGUAUUUAUUUAGUGGUUUUGUUGCGACUUGUUUUAUAGUCGUCAGUCCUCUGUUGACCUAUUCAAAGGGUGAUCGGUACGAUAUUCAAUACUACAAUGAUCCAAAAAGCUACCCUUUAAGCUGUUGGAUACCAUUCACGAUAAACGAAAAUUGGAUGUUUUUAGCAGUUUUUGUCUGUCAUUCUAUUGCGUUGUUGUUAAUCGUGAUUAUAUAUUUAGGUAUUGAUACAUAUUUUUUUGGGGCAAUUUAUGCUGUUGGCGGUCAAAUCGAAUUACUAAACACAUCUCUAAAUAAUAACGAAAACACUUUAGCACAAUUUGAAAAUUGUUCGUGUUCUAACCAGACUUCAUUUUAUACUGAGAAACAACAAAUACGAUGCUACUCAACACUCCGAGAAUGUGUAAAACACCACAUCCUAAUACUUGAUUAUAUAAAAAGAAUAGGUAAACUAUUUAGCACACUUAUACUUAUGGAUUAUUUACAUGGAAUAACAUCGGUGACAUUUGCAUUGUUUCAGUUAACGAUUAGUGCCAGCAUAAUCGAAACAAUCAGUGUGAUAAGUUUCAUUUGUUUGAGUGUUUGGCAUCAAUAUCUCAAUAAUUUUUUUGGUGAAUUUAUAAUACAAAAACAAUUAAGUGUUUGUACGGCAUUGCAUAACGUUCCGUGGUGGCAAUGUGAUAAAAAAGUACGACAAUUAGUGACGUUAAUGAUUUUGAGAUCUAUAAAACCAAUUUUAAUCACAGGAUAUUACAUGUACAAAUUAAGUUACGAGUCGUUCAUUUCGUUUGUUAAAGCACUAUACACUUACUAUAUGGUACUAAGGCGAGUCAAUAUCAAAGACAUAAAUACAUGAGAUCGGAUUCUAAUCAAAAAACUUAUAGUUGUUAAACUAAAUACGAUAUAUUUGA